AGGCAGUGCAGUGAAUCACAGCUGUGCUACCUGUCAAUGGAUGGAAAUGCCAGCUGACAAAGAUGAGAGGCAAGAUGAAGGAGCUCCUCCGGCAGGCAGGGGGUUAACCCAAGCCCUCCACCUGGCUUACAUAAAUAUGAAACCAGUUAUUGUUGUCCAUGGUGGAGCGGGAGCCAUUAUGAAGGAAUAUGUAGACUUGUAUCGUUCUGGAGUAAAGAGAGCUGCACGGCAAGGUUAUAAUAUACUGAGGGAAGGAGGAGAUGCAGUUACAGCUGUACAAGAAGCUGUGGUGGUGCUUGAAGACAAUCCAAUUUUCAAUGCAGGACCUGUAGGUAAAUCUGAUGUAGUUAUAGGUUAAAUUUAAGCAGAAAUAUAGAAUUUCCUGGAGUGUUCUCAAACUUUCAAGCACCACUGUAUGUCAUUCAUCUUUCAAGCACUAUAGAAAUUGCACAUGACAUGCAUGGAAAUUACAUCAGUCUCAGAUUAUUUGAAGGAAGAAGUUUGUCAUCUAUAUUUGCUGCAGACCCUUUGGAUAGCUGGCCACGGGUCUGUUUUGAAUGAAGAGGGAGAAGUUGAGAUGGAUGCUAUUAUCAUGAAUGGCAAGGAUUUAACCUCAGGAAGUGUUUCUGCAGUAAGAUGCAUUGCUAACCCAAUAAAACUGGCCCGUCUUGUAAUGGAAAAGACAGAUCACAUGCUUCUGACUUGUAAAGGAGCAUCCAUGUUUGCUAAGGCACAAGGCAUUCCUGAAGUUCCAGGUGAACAACUCAUCACUGAACGUUCAAGAGAAAGAUGGAGGAAAAAUCUGAUACCUGGUUCAAACCCAGUGGCAUGUCAAUUAGGUUUGGGAACUGUUGGUGCAGUUGCCAUUGACAGUCAAGGUAAUGUGGCCUGUGCAACAUCUACUGGUGGAAUGACGAAUAAAAUGGUUGGACGUGUUGGAGAUACAGCUUGUAUAGGUUCUGGUGGUUAUGCUAGUAAUGAGGUUGGUGCAGUCUCUACCACAGGGCAUGGAGAAAGCAUUAUGAAAGUGACUCUAGCAAGACUUAUUCUACAUUAUAUGGAACAAGGGAUGUCUACAGAAGAAGCAGCAGAAGCAGGUCUAAACUACAUGAAAACAAGGGUAGAUGGGACUGGCGGUGUCAUAGUGGUAAACAGUACAGGUGAAUGGACAGCAAAGUUCUCUACUAAGCAGAUGUCUUGGGCUGCAGUUAAAGAUGACCAGCUACACUGUGGAAUUUAUACUGGAGAAGAUGAGAUUGUGUCCGUCACAGUACCCUCAGUAGCAGCCACUGCCAUUGGAGAAUCUAAUCCCACAAUGUGACAACAAAAUAAUUUCCACCUAUAAAACUGUAUAGGAACCAUUGAUCACAAUCAGUUAUAUUUCCUUUUUACAGAAACAUACUUUGGAUCUAGCUAAAGGCUGUAAAAUGUACCAGAUUAGUUAGCCCAGCAAUAAGUGUCUGUAAAUUGUGAUAACAAUAUACGCGGUAAGAAAGUGUGAUUCCAUCCUUAAUUUCACCUGAUCCCACAUGUUUAAAAAAUAAACAGCAAUAUACUGUAUAUAAUGAUAGCUUGUAUCCUGACCUAAUCCUGCUCGAGGCUGUGAUUUUGUGGCAACAUACAGUACAUUAACCCCUUCAUGACCCAGCCCAUUUUCACCUUCAUGACCUGGGCAUUUUUUGAAAAUCUGACCACUGUCACUUUAAACAUUAAUAACUCUGGAAUGCUUUUACUUAUCAUUCUGAUUCCGAGAUUGUUUUUUCGUGACAUAUUCUACUUUAUUUUAUCGGUAAAAUUUCACUGAUAUUUGUAUCCUUUCUUGGUAAAAAAUCUAAAAAUGUCAUGAAAAUUUUGAAAAUUUUGCAUUUUUCUAACUUUGAAAGUCUCUGCUUGAAAGGAAAAUGGAUAUUCCAAAUAAAUUACAUAUUGAUUCACAUAUACAAUAUGUCUACUUUGUGUUUGCAUUAAAAAAUUGACAAGUUUUUACUUUUGGAAGACAUCAGAGGGCUUCAAAGUUCCGCAGCAAUUUUCCAAUUUUUCUCAAGAUUUUCAAAAUCGUAAUUUUUCAGGGACCAGUUCAGGUUGGAAGUGGAUUUUAAGGAUCUUCAUAUUAGAAAUACCCCAUAAAUGACCCCAUUAUAAAAACUGCACCCCCCAAAGUAUUCAAAAUGACAUUCAGUAAGUGUUUUAACCCUUUAGGUGUUUCACAGGAAUAGCAGCAAAGUGAAGGAGAAAAUUCUAAAUCUUCAUUUUUUACACUCGCAUUUUCUUGUAGACCCAAUUUUUUAAUUUUUACAAGGGGUAAAAGGAGAGAAAUCACCCUAAAAUUUGUAACCCAAUUUCUCUCGAGUAAGGAAAUACCUCAUAUGCGUAUGUAAAGUGUUCGGCGGGCGCAGUAGAGGGCUCAGAAGGGAAGGAGCGACAAUGGGAUUUUGGAGAGUGAGUUUUUCUGAAAGGGUUUUUGGGGGGCAUGUCCCAUUUAGGAAGCCCCUAUGGUGCCAGAACAGUGGACCCCCC